AUCUCCCUGCUUCUGCAGUCUCCCACAGCAGUCGGUUUCCGGAGGUCAACAGCGGCGUCGGUCGCCUGCGUCCCAGCCCGGCGCGCAUGAGGAAACGGCGCCUGCGCGAAAGGGAUGGGCGGAGGGAGUUCUCUCGCGCAUGGGCACGAGGAAUCGAAGGGCGGGACAGAGGGAGCGCGGCUCGAGUUCCCUGCCGCCCACAUCCGAGCGCGCGCGCACGAUGGCGGGGGCGCGCGCCGCCGAUCUUAACGGACGUUGAGGGAGGAGGUGAGAACGAACGAGCGCGCCCGCCUCCGUCCGCUGCCCGGGUUUGUCCGGAUCCUUCCCCGCGGGCGCUGAGGCUGAAGAGGAAUCGGCGGCCGGAGCCACUGAUCAUGAGAUGUUUCCACAAAAUCUACCUCAGACCUCACUUUUGCUCAUUAAUGUGCUGCGCCAUUUCAAAUCUCAGCAGGAGCUCUGCAAACACUCUUGAAAAAGUCUUGAGAACAGAUUGUGACACCAAAUCAAUGCGUGAUGACCUAGUAGUAGGUUGAAGUCUGAAACAUUCUUGAUACAGCAGUCCAAGAGAACACUGCCUAAUGUAUUGAUAUAAUUUCUAAAGGCUACAAACAGCUCCUGCAGUUUCUUCGUCUUGUUACGCCAGAAAUAUUCAUUUGACCUUUCUCCUGCAGAAGGUCCUUGCCUCUCUAAUCUAGUCCUGGAAAUAUUAAUGGAAUACAGUCAUGUCUACUCAGGAUGAAAGGCAGAUCAAUACCGAAUAUGCUGUAUCCUUGCUGGAGCAGUUAAAAUUGUUCUAUGAACAGCAAUUGCUAACUGACAUAGUGUUGAUUGUUGAGGGCACUGAAUUCCCCUGCCAUAAGAUGGUUCUUGCAACAUGCAGCUCUUAUUUCAGGGCCAUGUUCAUGAGUGGGCUAAGUGAAAGUAAACAAACACAUGUACAUCUGAGGAAUGUGGAUGCAGCCACUUUACAAAUUAUAAUAACUUAUGCAUACACGGGUAACUUGGCAAUAAGUGACAGCACGGUAGAACAGCUUUAUGAGACUGCUUGCUUCUUACAGGUAGAAGAUGUGUUACAGCGAUGUCGAGAAUAUUUAAUUAAAAAAAUAAAUGCAGAGAACUGUGUGCGGUUAUUAAGUUUUGCUGAUCUCUUCAGCUGUGAAGAGUUAAAACAAAGUGCUAAGAGAAUGGUAGAGCACAAAUUCACUGCUGUGUACCACCAAGAUGCUUUCAUGCAAUUGUCACAUGAUCUACUGGUAGAUAUUUUAAGCAGUGACAACUUAAAUGUGGAAAAAGAGGAGACAGUUCGUGAAGCUGCUAUGUUAUGGCUGGAAUACAACACAGAAUCACGAUCACAGUAUUUGUCCUCUGUUCUUAGCCAAAUCAGAAUUGAUGCACUUUCAGAAGUAACACAGCGAGCCUGGUUUCAAGGAUUACCACCUAAUGAUAAAUCGGUGGUAGUGCAAGGAUUAUACAAAUCUAUGCCCAAAUUUUUCAAACCAAGACUUGGUAUGACUAAAGAGGAGAUGAUGAUAUUCAUUGAAGCUGCUGCUGAAAACCCUGGUAGUCUUUACUCUUCUGUCUGUUACAGCCCCCAGGCAGAAAAAGUUUACAAGCUUUGCAAUCCUCCUGCCGACUUGCAUAAGGUUGGAACACUUGUAACUCCUGAUAAUGAUAUCUAUAUAGCAGGUGGGCAAGUUCCUCUGAAAAACACAAAAACCAAUCACAGUAAAACUAGCAAACUUCAGGCUGCCUUCAGAACUGUGAAUUGCUUUUACUGGUUUGAUGCACAGCAAAACACUUGGUUUCCAAAGACUCCAAUGCUGUUUGUUCGUAUAAAGCCAUCCUUGGUCUGCUGUGAAGGAUACAUCUAUGCAAUUGGAGGAGAUAGUGUAGGUGGAGAACUCAACAGAAGAACUGUGGAAAGAUAUGAUACUGAGAGAGAUGAAUGGACCAUGGUAAGCCCAUUGCCUUGUGCAUGGCAGUGGAGUACAGCAGUAGCAGUUCAUAACUGCAUUUACGUAAUGGCCCACAACUUGAUGUACUGUUAUUUUCCCAGGUCGGAUGCUUGGAUAGAAAUGGCUAUGAGACAAACUAGUAGAUGCUUUGCUUCUGCUGCCGCUUUUGGUGACAAAAUAUUCUAUAUUGGAGGAUUGCAUAUUGGCAGCAAUUCUGGUAUAAGACUCCCAACUAGCACUGUAGAUGGGUCUUCCGUAACUGUGGAAGUCUACGAUGUGAAUAAAAAUGAAUGGAGGAUGGCAGCUAAUAUCCCUGCCAAGCGGUAUUCUGACCCUUGUGUUAGAGCUGUUGUAAUUUCCAAUUCUUUGUGUGUCUUCAUACGAGAAACCCACAUGAAUGAGAGAGCCAAGUAUGCCACCUACCAAUAUGAUCUGGAGCUUGAUCGGUGGUCUCUACGACAGCAUAUAUCAGAACGUGUGCUCUGGGACUUAGGAAAGGACUUCCGAUGCACUGUAGGAAAGCUGUAUCCAUCUUGCCUUGAAGAGUCCCCAUGGAAACCUCCAACAUAUCUCUUUUCACCAGAUGGGGCUGAUGAGUUUGAGCUGGAUGGGGAGAUGGUUACCCUGCCACCCGUAUAGCCCCCAAAUUAGAGACUGCACACCUGCUUCUGGGCUCAGUUACCUUGAAAUAGAAACUUUAAAGAAAGAACAGGACUGGAAAUUGAAACAUUAAACCUGUCUUUCCUAAUUGUAUUUUUAUGCCCUACUUAGCAUUUGCAGUCAUUCAGUAUGAAUCAGUGACUUUUAUAAGCAGAUAUGCUUCCAUAAUCUGAGAUACUAUCUGAUAACUGAGAGAAACCUAUAUGUAUAUCAUGAGCUUAAGCAUCUGACUACUGUCUGAAUUAAUUUCUAGUACUAUGAAGUCUUUCAGUUCAAGAAAAAACACAAAAGCAGUUAUUGUUGCUAGGAUGGUAUGUCACAGUUCUGAAAAUAUCUUCCAGUUAUAUUUGAACUACUUCUGGAUAUUCUACUUUAGUGCUCGUUAUAUAAUUUUCAGUGUGGCCUAAGUAAUGGAAUGUGCUGCACUUAACACCAAUAUCCGUAUCGGUAUAGUAACGCCAUUUAAAAGAAAAAUAAACAAAUCCCAUGGAUCUACCUGUGGUAGGAAGGGUAGAUCUUCCUUUGUAUGAUAACAUGCAGGGCAAAAUGACUGCAGGUUCAGUCAAGGUGUAUUAUUAAGUGCAUGUAUUCUAUUUUCACUAACUUAUACCUGUCUGUUUAGAAUACAGGUCUUCCAAGCAGCUGGUGGUUUACCAGAUGUGGACUUAAAUUGCUGGGCUUGCAAUAGGAAUUGCUAGCCACUCAUAGUGCGGGUCUGUGUGGAGCUUUAAUCAAUAAAUGCCUCCACAUUCUGUAUUACAGUAACAUUGGCUCAUGUAUAAUACUUCCUGCUGCUGAUGUAUUUUUCCAAUGUAAAACAAAGUUUUAGUGUGGAUUAACCAGGUCUUUAUUUUUUGUUAAUUUAAUAACAAGCAUUACUGUAGUGUGAUUGUGUAUAGAUAUCCCUUAGCUAUCAGGUUUUUUACCUUUUUGGGGGAGGGAGAGCGAAUUGUUCAGGAAUAUUCUGUACGCUGUGUGCAGGAGAGCAGAUGACUAGUGCUGCUCUGGCAUUAAUCCCAGGAACCACUAGCAGUAGCGGGGCGCCGCCAAUCUAACAUGAACACAGGUGCUUCAUGACAACCUUACUAGCAUGUUCAGCUGCAUCAUGUUUUGGCACUGUAUUUUGAAUGACAUUAAUUUAUUAAAAAAAGACUGAAUCUAAA